AUGGCAACAGGACUGGCAAUAAUAAAUGCCCAAGAAAUACUGCUUCCUAUUAUUAUUAGCCAUUUUUUAGCUUAUGAGAGACUUUUGAAGCUGUUUAUUUUUCUUUCCUUGAAGCUUUUGGAUUGCUUUGGGAUUCCUGUGUUGAUGGCUCUCUCGUGGUUUGUUCUUCGUGCAAGAUACAGAGUGAUCCACUUCAUUGCUGUGUUUGUCUGUCUGUUGGGGGUAGGAACCAUGGUUGGUGCAGACAUCUUAGCUGGGAGGGACGACAACUCAGGGAGUGACGUGCUGAUUGGGGACCUCUUGGUCCUGCUUGGAGCUUCCCUCUAUGCCGUUUCUAAUGUGUGUGAAGAAUACAUUGUGAAGAAGCUGAGCAGACAGGAAUUUUUAGGAAUGGUGGGCUUAUUUGGAACAAUUAUCAGUGGCAUACAGUUGUAAGUGUCUAAGAUUUUUCUUAAGAACGAACUAAGCAUUCACUGGGACUGGAAAAUUGCCCUGCUGUUUGUGGCAUUUGCUCUCUGUAUGUUUUGCCUAUACAGCUUCAUGCCAUUGGUGAUUAAAGUCACUAGUGCCACCUCUGUCAACUUGGGCAUCCUGACAGCUGAUCUCUACAGCCUUUUCUUUGGACUCUUUCUGUUUGGUUAUAAGUUUUCAGGACUCUACAUUCUGUCCUUUACUGUCAUCAUGGUGGGGUUUAUCCUGUACUGCUCCACCCCAACGCGCACAGCAGAGCCAGCGGAGAGCAAUGUGCCCCCAGUCACCAGCAUUGGAAUUGACAACCUUGGACUGAAGCUUGAGGAGAGUGGUCUCCCAGAGACCCAAUCUGCGUUCUUGUAGCUGGAGAGGAUGGCACACACCUGUGCAGCACCAGGAGAAAGCAGAACCCACGGACUGCUGAGAGACACUUGGGGGAAUGAACCCUCUAUAGCAUGGAUUGCACUCAGUGGUUAGAUUUUAGAAAGGAACAUUGAACAAUGUAUCAAAAAUAGAUAUACCAAAAUAGAGCAGAACCCAAGACUAGGACCUGUUUCUUCUGUGUGAUAAGGACCAAAACCUUUGGGUGAGAGGGAGACAAGGUGUGGGCCCUGCUGCGGGUAUCUCAGAGGUACAUGUGAGAGAGCAGAAUGGGGGAAUACCCAGGAGGGAACCAGCCUUGGGCAGGGUCUGAAAGCAGGCUGUCCAGCCUGGGCUAAGUGCUCAGGAGUAGGGAUGGUCCAGGGCGGUUCUGGAACAGGUUUCCUCUGUUGGAAACUUUGGGGUUUUGUCCUGCUGAGGCAGUUAUCCACAGGCCUUGUGGCCUUUGGGCACAGAUGAGUCCUGGCCAC